AUGGAGAAAUACACAGAUAGGUACCAUCCAGAUUACAUCCCUGGCACUUACAGCAUCUAUGCCUCUUCCUUGAGCAAUACGGAUAAUAAAGAUGUGGAGCGACUGAAGACGAGGAAUGGGGUGAUCCUUCUGCCCCAGCCAACGGACUCACCGAACGACCCUUUGAACUGGCAUUAUUGGCGAAAAGCGUGGCAUUUCUUGCUCGUAACUUUCAUAACGGCGUUCUCGGCUGCAAUCUCGAACGAUGCUGGUGCUGCUCAGGACUCGCUGAAUGAGAUCUACGGCAUUUCGUAUGAUGCCAUGAACACUGGAGCAGGUGUACUGUUUCUGGCCAUCGGAUACGGAACCUGGCUCAUGGCCCCGUUCUCCUCGCUGUAUGGCCGCAAACUGACUUAUAUCAUUUGCUGUUUGAGCGGGCUGGCGGGUUGUUGUUGGUUUGCCAGCUCCAAAACUACGGCAGAUACGAUUUGGUCCCAACUGUUUGUGGGAGCAUCUGAGUCGGUUGCAGAGGCCCAGGUCCAGCUUUCGCUUUCGGACUUGUUUUUCCGUCAUCAGCUGGGUUCUGUCAUGACGGUGUAUAUUUUGGCUACUUCGAUUGGAACGUAUUUGGGGCCAUUGAUUGCUGGGUUCAUUUCCAGUAACCAGAAUUUCCGCUGGGUUGGCUGGUGGGGCGCGAUAAUAUCCGGUAUAUUGUUCGUGUUUAUUCUGUUUGGAUACGAGGAUACUAUGUUUGAUUAUAAACGAUUUGCACCUACUUUGGACGGAGAAUCCGCGCAUGCUUACUACUCCAACCAGAUAGACGAGGCCUUGAGCAAUGCUCUUGCUGAUGAACAACAAGGCGAGAAAGGCAGAGCUGUGGUGAAAAUACCUUCAGAAAAACUGAAGAAUCAGCCGAUUGUCAGAAGAAGAGCUCUUGAAAUGUUAGACUCCAACCCGCCUACCCGUGUCUACCCGGACAACAAUGGAGCAGACGACAAACAGUGGUCGUACUGGAGGAGGAUACAAAUCAUUACCAAAGGUCCAAAUUUGAGGGGUUGGGGCAUAAAGCAGUACUUUCAGCUUUUGUGGAUGAACUGUCGAGUUUUCUUUUUUCCCCCAGUCAUUCUGUCGGGUUUAAUGUGGGGGUCUCAAGACGCAUUCCUCUCUUUCUAUCUCACCACUGAGGACACAGAGUUCUACGACGCGCCGUGGAACUAUUCGGACGCAGCCGUGGCCAUAAUGAAUGUUCCUUGUCUCAUUGGUGCUGUAAUUGGCUGUCUCUAUGCGGGAUCAGCGCUGGACUACUUCGUGUUGUGGAUGGCCAGAAGGAACGGUGGAGUCGUCGAAGCCGAAUUCAGACUCUACUUUGCGUUUCUAUCCGGCAUAAUUUGUCCCGCCGGUCUUCUCAUGUUCGGAAUCGGAACAGCGAGACAAUUAGACUGGAGGGUAAUCUACGUUGGACUAGGAUUUGUCGGAUUUGGCUGGGGUUGUUCUGGAGAUAUUGCCAUGUCGUAUCUCAUGGACUCAUAUCCCGAGAUGGUUCUGGAAGGCAUGGUAGGUGUUGCCGUGAUAAACAACACCAUCAGCUGUAUUUUCACCUUCACAUGCUCUGAUUGGCUAAAUACAUCUGGAACCGAAAAAACCUACAUUGCGCUGGCAAUUUUGAACUUUACUGUGAUGUUUCUCGCGUUGCCAUUUAUAGUGUGGGGCAGGCGCAUGAGGGCCUUCACGAAGAAGUACUAUGUGAGUUUUAUUGAAAUGAGAGAUGGAAUAUAG